AUUUCUGGUGUAUUGUUUUUGUUUAAUACGUCUAAACGGCCUUUAAGCCAUCCAGACUCGGUUGACAGGCGCAGCGUAUAAAACCGGCUCUUUAACGAUCAUUGCGGAUUUUACGCCUUAUGUGAAUGCGCCAUAAAUCGUAGGGCCGCUGUGAACCGGCCCCCUCAUAUUUUACGCAGUAAAUGGCUAUAUGUGGGCAUAUGGUCUCUCACAAUAGGUCUCUUUAACAACCGCUCCAAACAGAGUUGCAGAUUGUGACAGUUCAACCACAUCGUUUCCAUCAUCGUGUAAAUACAGUGCACGUGUCGUAAUAGCGCCUUUCUGGACCAAGCAGACAUUGGGCUUCAUUCUAUAGCUAUAGCUACGUUGUAAAUGGACAAGAAACAUAUUUUAGAUCGCAUAAAUAAUAUUAAUAAACACAUCUAAUAAAAAACUUUUAAAAUUGGUUGGUGUGGUUCACAGUCCACAGUUUGAGUGUGCGUGGCAUUCUUGCCGACCUUUGAAAUUUGUAGUCGAGGUCGCUCAACCCUGGCUCCCUCUGCUCCAUUAGGUGUCCGAGCGCUGUCACCACGACAAAGCAUGAACAUUUGUUAAGUGUCGCCAGCCUUUAGAAAACGCUAACGAGAGCUAAUGUGGCAGAGCCACAGCUGCCCUAGAGACACAAGUCAGGGGUGGGGCGCGCGCACCCCCCCAAUCAAUUAGUCAAUCAAUUAAAGAGGGUCCUGCCCGCUCUAGCCGGCAUGCAGAGGCAGUAGAUUAGCCCACCAUAAUGAUCAAAUUAAUUCUUAAACGGAGAUAAUGGACGUGGAAUGAGUUUAUUAUUUUCAAGAAAAAUGAGAUAGGAUCCAUUAUUAGUUCCUAGACUGUGUGUUGGAUUAUUUGACCAAUUUGCCAUUUAUAGCACAAGACUAGUGGAAUUUAAAACGACUGUUUAAUAAGAUAUAUGAUUUUGAACUCAAAAUGGCGAAUUAUUAAUAUGAGCCUAACCUUAAGAACUCGGAGUAUGCACUACACCAAACAAUAAACGUUUACAUUUAUGCAUUUGACAUACGCUUUUAUCCAAAUCGACUUGAUGCAUAACAAGCUAUAAAUUUAUAAGCAUGUCAGUAUGUUUCUCCUGGUAUCGAACCUAUGCCAUUUUUUGGCGCAGCUAACGCAAUACUGUACCAUUUGAGCCACAGCAAUGAUCAGCUGCGUUGCAAUAAGUUUGUGUCAGGGAUUCCAGUCUACAGUAUAAUCUAUUUCAAAUAAGACUUCUGAAUCAGGUGAGCAAAUUUUAGUUUUUCAUGCAGAUUUUGUAACAACCAAAAACGUACUUUAAAAAAAUGCAAGUGACAUAUCAGUUAUAUGUUAUUGGUAGAAAUUUAAGAGCCAGUUAAUAUGCCCCAGUUGACAAAAUCUUAAUUGUAUUCAAAAUUUCAAGAUAAGAAAUAUUUGGUGUAAUAAAAGUAGGCUUGCUCGUUAUACCACAACAAACAAUGGUUUUGAUAUCAAGCAUGAAAAUUACAGUAAGAUGAAAAUUACUAAAAGACGCAACAAUAAUCAUAAUUUGUCAAAGCAGGCACUUACAUGACAAAUGAAUAAUUGUACGCCCUGCAGUAUACAGAAAUCUAAAGCAAUAAAACAUUGGAUAUAGCCUAAUUGUUAUUUGCAGGCAAUAUUGGGACAUUUUAAGAGAUUUGUAGGAGAGAAAUGUGAGCUUCCUUUUAAAUAGCUAAUAUUUUGCAUCAAAUUAAUUUCCACCGAAUACUCUGCACUUUUCUUUAACCAUUGAGGAACUCAAUCUUUUUAAAAUUUGAAAUUUCCGGGCGCGCUUUAAGCGCGUGAUUGGCCAGCGCCGGUCUUACCUACAUGCAAAUGAGGGCACGUUCCACCCGCCUUGAGACCAGAGCGCGUGGUAGGGGAGAGGAAUGCAUUCAGACACUUUUGAGCCCCACGAAAAACAACUUUUUAAAACGUCCCAACAGCUUUAAAGAACCCCUUUCAGCUGAGAAGAAAACAUUCUCUAUAUGUAGCGGAACUUAUUACUGCAUUGGCAUUUUAAAAUUUUUAGUUCAUUUUUGAAUUGUUAUGAGGCGAGAAUGAAUAAUUCGGAGGACAGCGGAAGCAAGUGCUCGCCUGCCCCCAUUUCAAGCUUUACCAUCCAGUCAAUUCUGGGCACUUCCAACGAGGGAGUCCGGUCAGCUGGAAAAGACAGUCCAAAAUCCCAGCCGAGGAAGCGAACGUUGUCCGUGUCAUCAGAGGACGACUGCAGCGCCGGAGAGGACUCGGGUGACUGCUACUGCUCAGAGCCCAGUGUACCGGAGUCCUGCAACCCGCACCAGCCUCUCAACUUCUGUCUUGGUGCCACGAAGGGACUUCUACCUGUGCAGGAUGGGUUAGACCGUCGGCCACAUUUGACACCAUCCAUACUACCGGAUUACAAAGAGGAGCAGGAGCGAGCGUGUAGCCAAAUGUCUCCCGUGUCUGAAGAAAGACAACGAGACGGGCCGGACAAACAAAGCAGUUCCGCAAAGAAAAAGACGCGCACUGUUUUCUCUCGGAGUCAGGUUUAUCAACUCGAGUCCACGUUCGAUAUGAAACGCUAUUUGAGCAGCUCUGAAAGAGCCUGCCUCGCCUCCAGCCUGCAGUUAACGGAGACCCAGGUGAAAACGUGGUUUCAGAACCGACGAAACAAAUGGAAACGGCAGCUCUCUGCUGAACUGGAAGCUGCGAACAUGGCGCACGCUUCGGCGCAGACUUUGGUUGGGAUGCCACUCGUUUUCAGAGAAAAUUCGUUGCUCCGGGUGCCAGUUCCGAGGUCCAUUGCUUUUCCAACCCCCCUGUAUUAUCCGGGAAGUAAUUUACCGGCUUUACCAUUAUACAAUCUUUACAACAAGAUUGAAUAUUAACUUUUAUGCACAACGAAAAUUCCUCAAAAAGGAAGACACACUAUUACACGCAUACAAAACACACAUUUAAGUAUUUAAAUUCAUGUCUAUUUAUAGCCCUUUCUUUGGUAAAAAAUAUAUUUCUUAUUAUGCAGCAAUUAAACGAAUAUAUGUGUAAAACACGAAAGCCACACGUUUCUGUACAUGUCCUAUAAAAUACACCAUGUGUAUUAUAA